GAAAAUGCCACUCUCUUCGAUUUGAGAAAAACUUCAGCACUUGCGAAAAAUUCUCUUCUCUUAUCAAUCAUUUUCGCAAUUUCGUCUUUAAUAUUAGACGUGAACAUCUAUUAUUUAAAUCGUUAUAAAAUGACUCUCUUUAUGUCUUUCACUUGGUUCGCUAUUGAAGCAUUUCUCUCUAGUUUAUUAGUUAUAAUAACUGCUAAUCGAUGGGGUCGCAGAUUUAGCGGAUGUUUGGGUUUAUGUUUACUGACAAUAUUCAGUUUUAUAUUUAUUCUCGUUAAAUCAGAAAUAGCAAAAAUUAUCAUGGGAUCCUUGAGUCGAUUGGUUAUGAACAGUAUACAAUGUUUAUUUUGUCUCUACAUACCGGAAUUUUUUCCCACCACUCUAAGAACCCAGGGAACAGCGUUGGUUCAUUUUUUAAGUGUUCUGAUGCAUUUUCUAGCACCCUAUUUAUUCUUUUUGGUAAAAAUUAUAUUUUAUUAUUCAGUUAUCAAUUUUAUUAAAUUCUAAUUUCUUUUUUGUUUUUUCUUCUCAGGGAAGUACUUGGAGGGAAUUACCAAUUAUAAUACUCGCUGUCUUGGGUCUAUUGAAUUCAAUUUUAAUUCUUUUUCUACCGGAA